AUGACAUGGUUAGCAUGUUGGCUGUUGGUGCAGACGAUUGCUGUUGUUGACACUUCGCGCCUGCCGCUUAUUGAGGCAGCGCAGUGGGCGUUGCAAGCAGGUGAUUCCUUCGGUUGCGCGGUGGCGAAGCGUUUCCAGGAUUGUGCUCAACCAUGGGCAGCUGUGGAGGCUUGGCGCUAUGCCGUGGCAAAUCUGUUGGCAGCGAGGAAGUUCACAGGAGGCCAACACUUCGAGCUCGCAGAAAGGACAGCAGAGGCCAUCGGCAGUUUUUUCGCGACGCCCGAUGCUGGCAAAUUUACCGAGGCUGCAGAAAAGGUGUCGGAGCUGAGAAGGCAGUUGUCGCUGCAGACUCCUCUUUUGUCUGCUCACCCGAUGCUGCACGAGGCAUCCAUUGACUCCGCUGGGCUUGGAGUUCCGUUUCCCCUUGCUGUCGUCCAAAUACCCGCAGAGACCGAGGCAGCAACCCUUCAACUGAGGGGUGGUGUGUCAAUGCCGCUGCUUGCCCUCUCCAUCUCCGGACGCGGCAGACCAUCGCUUUCCAACGUGGCAGAGGCUUUGCAGAUGGGAGUCAGGCACCGAGCGGUCUCGCCAAGCGUUGCUGAAGUCGUUGGCCAAGCAAUCUGGAGAAGCAAGGUGAACAAGGCGGAUCUGUUCGUCUCCGUGCUGUGGGAAGGAUUCCUUAACUCUGCCGCCCAGCUCGAGUCAGUGGCAGCGAAGUUGGGGAAGCCGGUGGACAUGCUCAUCCUGCCCAAAGGAGAGGAGGCCCAGCGAAACCACCGUAGACACGAAAACGGUUGGACAAAGCUAUGUCUCAUUGCAAUCUAG